CACAAGACAGCCAAAUGGCUGAUCCUAGUACUGCUGAUGUGCAGGCCGAGUUGAAGGAGUAUCUUAACUCGAAGAACAUUAACAGUCUCUUCAUUCAGAUCGUCGAGCGGCUUCUUAUCGAGAAACCAGACAAUCCCAUCGGCUUCAUCAUCGAGUACCUGGCCAAGAGGUAUCCAGACGAAACGAGGGCAGCGAAGGUUGGCCAUGCCAUCUCGCAGCGCACGGGAUCUCUUGCGAGCAACUUGACAUUAGCAUCCAGCCGUGUCGAAUCGGAGGAAGAGCAAACAGAUUCAGAAGACGACGAGUAUUUGGACGACAUCGACCUGCAGCCCACAACAGUACCCAAAAAAAUCGUGCGGCGUGAAUCUGUGUCAGCGGAACAAGUUGGAGCAAACACGAAGCAGCCGGAGCUGAAGAUCGUGCCCAAGAGCGACGAGGAGUCCACGAGGAUUAAUGAAAUUCUUCGCGAAAACUUACUGUUCAAGCACCUAGAUUCGCAGCAGACGGACCAGGUGAAAGACGCCAUGUUCCUAGUCCAGCACGAGCCCGACGACGUGGUCAUUCGUGAAGGGGAUGCCGGUGACAACUUUUACGUGAUCGACGAAGGCACCUUCGACGUUUAUAUAAAAAAGGAGGGCGUGGAAACAAAGCUAAAAUCUCUGGGGCCUGGAGAGUCUUUCGGUGAAUUGGCGCUGAUGUACAGCACGCCCCGCUCAGCCACGUGCAAGGCCGUGACUAAAGCGCGCCUAUGGGCGUUGGACCGCAUUUCGUUCAAGAUAAUUCUGCAAGCAACGACAACGGCUCGGCGGAAGCAGCAUAAGUCGUUCCUCGAAAGCGUUCCUACGUUGGAGCAGUUGACGGAAUACGAGAUACUGACUAUCGCAGAUGCUCUGGUGGAAGACUCGUACGAGGAUGGAGACGUGAUCUGUACCCAAGGGGAGGUCGGAGAUGCAUUUUACAUCAUCAAGAAAGGAUCCGCCAGCGUGAUCCAGACCGAUGCAUUGGGUGAAUCGCAGGAAAUCGCCCGUCUGGACAUGGGACACUACUUUGGCGAGGUGGCUCUGAUAUUUGCUCAGCCUAGAGGGGCAACAGUGAAGGCGGUUGGCCCCUUACAGCUUCUGUCACUGGAUCGCCGCACUUUCAAGCGGGUCAUGGGCCCGAUGGAAACGAUUCUAAAACGGAACAUGAAGGCAUACAAGCGAAUCGCGGCGAGCAACAUUUGAAUGUGAAGCAGUGGGCGAAACUUCACCAUUAGCCAGCGAUACUCGUCGAUCAACGCCGGGCUAUGAGAAGAAGCGGACGAGAACAAUACUUGAGCGUGCCCGCACCGGCCGAAAAAUACGGAGGCUUGCUGCCAUGGCGAGCGAAUUAACAGAAGUGGGAUGCAAAUCAGCCCAGUACCGUACCAGUAUGCGACAACUGUGAAUAAAACUUCCUCUUGUAAUCCACCUCGGUGGUAUUUUGAUGCCGACAAAACCAAAGGUAUAAUGUGAAGUAGUCAACGCACGGCACGUAUGCGCAAAACCUAAGCAAGGCACAUCACGCGGGUGGUGGACUGAACAACACCUGCAUAUACGCGGGAGCUGCCAAAAAAAAUCAUCUCCUAUCGUCGCCGUCGCUCUCGACGUCAUCUGAAACGCUGGAAUUUCCCUCGUCACUACUAUUGCAAGUUGAUUGAACGCUCACCGCCCCCGAACCGCUGACAGACACUUGUAGCUUAUGCCCUCCCGAAACCGCGGUGGUGUGGGCUGUGCGACCCGCUACCCCAGAUGCUGGUUUUCUGAUGGCCUGUCCCCGCGCAGCCUUACGGUUCUUGCCCGACUGCAGCGCCCCCUUGCGCAUUCUCUUCGAUAAUGCCUUUACGUAUUUCCUGCUGACUCCGCGUUUGUAGUCUGCAUGUUCGCAUGCUGGUGCUGCGUCCAGAGCCGAAGAAUCACGACAAGGCGCGCCGGGACCAGCGGGUGUCCUGGGUGUCCUGGUGUCCAACACGUCUCCUCGGGCCUGCACUCCGAACCGCCUAUCCCCCCGUAUCGGAGUUGCUUGAAACAAAUCGUCACUGACACCCCGCUCGGGUGUUUGCUUGGCCGGUGCUAGAGAUCUGUAAACAGCUGCCGCCGGCGUGUUGCGUGACAUGUCAUCUGAAGGGGGCGUGCCAAUUCGUUGAGAAAUGUAACCCCUUGCGGAAGCAUUCCUGGACCGACUUCGAGGUGUUGCAAAAUGCUCGAACCACUUCUGUUGGCACUCUUGUGGAUUCCUACUGUCAACGUUGCAGGCCACAGCACUCCAAAAGGCGGACGUGGAGGGGGCUAUUUCUGCUUGCGCGCGGCGCAGACUGCGCAUUUGGACCUUCGUCCACGGUUCCUCCUCGCCAUUGACUUCCCGACCAACCGGCUCCAGCCCGCAUGCGCUGUCCACGUCGGCGUGAUUUCCUGCACUGGGUUGGCCUAAAGGGAAACGGGCAGCUCCUACGACACCCACAUCAGGAGUCUUGGUCAAACGCUGACUGCGCCACCAGUCCAAAACAGGCGCUGCUCCCCGUUGGGUGUUCGAGUCCCUUCCUGCUACAUCAUGUCUCUCGUGUGAACUAGCUACAGUUCUCGCUCUGUUAGAGGCGUCGCUCAUGACACGCGCCCGCCGAGAACGAGCGGGUAGCGAAUCCCCACACUCCGUACGUGUCGAGGGCACUCCGCCGUCAGCCAUGGUACAUUCCGAGGAAGCGCGCGGCUUAUCCUCCGUAUUCGCUCGGGGAUGUUGCCAUCCCGAUAUGUUCUUUUCCGAGGAGACGGGCGGCUUGAUCUCCGUACUUGUUCGGGGGUGCUGCCAUCCCGAUAUUGUAUAUUCCGAGGAGACGGUCGGCUUGUUCCCCGUACUCGUUCGGGGAUGCUGCCAUCCCGAUGCGCGUGAUUCCGUCGCCUUCUCUCCCAGGCUAGAUUCCGAUCGCCAAAAGUCCAACACGGGAAUUGAUAUCCGCCCACUUCGUGUAGUCGUUCCACACGCCGAUGGGGGUUCCAUCUCAGGCUCGUUUGUCCACAGUGUUGAUCCCUGCAAGUGAGCGUGCACGCGUGCUCAGUUGCGCCGACAAUUUCCAACGGCCACUUACAGCACGAUGAUGGACUUGGAGACCGCGGCAAGAUCAAAACAGAUAGUUUCAACUAGAGACUCUCCCGUCGUAGGACCAAAGUUAUGCCAAUGCCUCCGCAACGCAAACACUCCAAGGCCCGUGUUGGGCAGGAGGU